AUGGGCUGUGGUUCGAGUAUGAAUGACCCUGAGGUCAAGGCUUUAUCUGACCAAUUGAAAUUAUUCGUCAACGAAAAAAAUCAGCUCCAAAACGAAGUAAACGAAAUCAAGAGCAGCUUGUCUAGCUCUUCCACAAAAUUAAGAACAAACUUUAUAGAUUUUUUCUAAUAAUUUCUCUUCAAUUUUCAUAAUUAAAAUCUUUGAAAUUCUGAUUAAUACGAAUAUUAUAAAAAUCGAUACAAUUUUUUCAAAUUUCGUCAAAAAAUAAUAAUUGCCAAUAUCUUCUAUAGAAAUUGCCCGAGGAUGGCGCUAUUUGCGCCAUCCUCGGGCACCCGAAAAUCGGCUCUAUACGAGAAAGAUUUUCCACAUGUGGAGCCAUUUUUUCACACAUGAGAAUCCUGACUUCCACGUGUGAAAAAAUAACUCCACACGUGGAAAAUCGUUCCCGUGUGAAGCCGAUUUUUCCGUAUUGCCAGAGAAUAGCAGAAAUAGCGCCAUUCUCGGGCAAUCACCAUAGCAAAAUUAAUAAAAUAUUUGGUAUAUUUUUUUCUCCAAGCUAUAUUAAAGUUUAAUCAAAAACAAAAAUUCCUAAUUUUUGUUUUCAAAUAUCCAAAUCUAUAGCAAACAUCAGUCUCUUUCUAAAACGGAAGAUUAAGAAGUCCACUACUCACGAUGAAAUCAAAUCACUGGAGCACGAGAACAAAAAACUGAAGCACGAAAUAAAAGACCUUGAAAAAGACAUAAAGGAAGCAGAUCAAGAUUCUAAUACAAAAAUCGCCGCCCUAGAAGCCAAAAUCAAAGAAGUUGAAGAGGAAUGGGAAAAGAAAAAAGCUGAGAGAAAUGACGUCAGCAAGAAGCUCACAGAAGUCAAUGGAGAAUCUUCAAAACUCACAGCAGAAGUCAAAGCUUUGGAUACUCAAAAAGCUGAAGAAGAAAAAAAGAUUGCAGCUUUAAAGCAAAAAUUAGAAGAAAAGGUAAAAUUAACCAAAGACUGUGACCAGCUGAAAGAAAAAAUUGACGAUUUGAAGGAUACUGUUGAAAAAAAGAACUCGCUGAUUGCUGAUCUGGAAAAAGAUUUGGCAGAUAUAGCGACUGAAGGGACUGUGGAAGGGUAUGAAGCUGAAUUAGCUGAAGCUAAAAAGACAAACCAAGCAAUUGUGGACGAAACUGCCUCUCAAACCAAGUUUUUACAGGACUGCAAGGCUGCUAAUUAUGGUAAAAAAUUAGAUGAAGCCAAAGACAAGCAGGAAGAGUUGCUUAAACAGCUAGAAAUAAAACAAAGUGAAAGAGCUGCCUAUGAAAACCAAACUAGAAGCAAGUUAGUUAGUUAGUUAGUUAGUUAGUUUUAAAAGGCCAUACGUGGGCGAAACCAGCGGACCUCAACACCUCAGCUCGAAAGACGACACCAGGUCGGGUUUUGAUGAGACCAUACUCCCAGGCCUGACGCCAUCUUGAUUUCUGGUCAAAACCACCUGUCCAAGGGAUCAGCUCCUUUGGGCAGAGCCACUUCUGUCUGAGUGCCCCGAUGGUCCCGAUGAAGGAAGACCAUGUGGUAGGAAAAACCUGUCUAGCCCAUCUGGCAGGGACAGGGAAAACCUUCGGAGGAGAAAUAAAAUUUCCUUUUCGGCACGGCUUCCCACAACUGAAGGCCUACUUAGGACAGGAAUGAGACCUGUAUAUUCAGCUUCAUCAGCAAUGGGUCCUACCAGCUCCAUAGGAGGUGCGCCUCUGAGUCCAAUUUCCGUCAAUGUCACCAUUUUAUCUCUAAACUAGAAGCAAGGAAUCACAAAUCGUGACCUUAACUGAAACAUUGAAAGCCAGAAUUGAAGCCUUGAACCCUAUUACAGAAGAAGACUUCAACCAACAAAUUGCAGCCCAAGAAGGCCUCAACGCAGAAAUCAGCAAAGAAAUCCAAGGUUUAGAAGCCACUAAACACGCUAAAAGAGAAGAAUUAAAGCAUAUCAUUGCAAAUGACGACCAAAGCCAAGAAAAUGAAGUCGCCAAACAAAUUUCUGAAAAAGAGGCUGAAGUCCAUACAUUAGAAGCUGACUGGAAAAAGAGAAUUGCUUAGAUUUUAAAGUGUCUCUUUGGCUGAUAUAGACGCUACCCACUCUUUUAACUCCCAACUAGUGAAGUCAGUAGCCAUCUUGUCUUGCAAGCAUUCCAGAGAGUUUUCACUGGACGCGUUAAACUCGCUCGAAUCUAGUCCCAGCGCUUUUUUCGCUUAAGAGUCACCCUUGUCAGGCAGUAAAAAUCAUAUUUCUUCAUUCUCUCUUGGACCAACAAAUUACGUAUCGGUAAUCCAUAUUUGUACUGUGGAUAAAGGUCCACGUUAAUAACAAACUGUUGAGGAGGAAGGGUUGUCGAAGAGAAAUAAUUCUGUACGUAGCCAUUUUAUUAUUAUAUUAAAAAGAAUUGCAGAUAUGAAGGAAACAAUUCAGAGUUUGAGCAAUGAAAGAAGAACACUUAAAGGAGAAAUUCAUAAUUUGCAUGAAGAGCACCAUGAGCUUGAGAAAAAGAUUAAGAAAGCCAAAAAGCACCACCAUCACCAUUAA